AUGGCUUCGUUCGACCUCGUCGAUGCUCAGGAGGACCCUCCGCCGUCAUUGUCGGAUCCCGUCAACCCUACCAACCAAGACCAAAUGAAGCAGUGGGCCGAACCAACCCCGAUGAGCUACUCGUACAAUACGUCAAGGUCGCCGAAUCUUCCCGACUAUGUCAGACCUCUGCCACCAUCUCUCGAGUCAGACGACAUCGAAUAUCUCCAGAAGAAGGGCGCAUUCACACUGCCAGACCGCCCGUUGAUGGAGGAGUGUCUUCGGUGCUACACUCUCUACAUCCAUCCGUUAUACCCAACCGUGGACAUUGUCGAAGUUCAGUCAACAAUCAAUCGCGGCGGUGAAGGACAUCAACUUCUGAGCUUGCUCUUGCUUCAAGCCCUCAUCUUUGCUGGUAGCAUGUGGGCUGACGUCCGAUUAGUCCGAAAUGCCGGGUUCCUGACCAGGAAGGCUUUUCGUCAGAGUUGGCAUCGAAAAAUCAGGUUGCUCUACGACAUGGAUUACGAAGAAGACAGGAUCUGCCUUGUCCAGUCCUUGUUGCUGUGGGCCUUUUGGUGGAGAGGCACCAACGAAAGAAAGGACAGCUGGCACUGGAUUGGCGUUGCCUAUUCCAUUGCACGUACAGUUGAUCUACCCCAGGAGCCGCCCGUUGCUGGGGUUGACGGAGGAAGCCCAACAGCUCACCAGCAGCGAAAACAUCGACGCCGCCUCUGGUGGGCUCUGCACACGCGCGAAGUCAUUAGUUCCAUUGGUAUGAGUCGUGCUCCCCGGAUCAAGCCGAUUGAUCAUAACGUGGCCAUGCUCUGUUUGCAGGAUUUUAACCUCGAUGACGAUGAAGGAGAAGGCACGCCUCAAACUUCGUUGAUGGGCCUUCCGCCGCCUUCCAAGGAGCAAGGUCAGGCUCUCGCGCGAGUUACCGUCGAGUUUACAAAACUGAUUGACAUCUUUGGCCGGAUCUUGGCCGCGGCAUGCCCUGAAAACGCGGCGGGCAGGACGGCGGUGCUUUAUUCGGCGCAGCAAAUGGAAGGUUCGAAUCACGUCGCGUCGAAACGGCAACUAAAUAUUGAAGAUUUGAAUGUCUGCGAGCAAGAACUCAUGGCUUGGCGACAACAGCUUGGUGAGGAUCUAUGGUGGCAGGUUGGUUGUGUUUUGCCAUUCGACCCUCCACCCCCUUGGCAUAAAGCCGAGUUGUGUCACCGAGGUUUACUGGCCAUGCUCUAUCACCUGGCGUUGAUGACCAUACACCGACCUCAGAUGUUGCCAGCGGAAGCAUCAUCCCCCACUACCACCACCGGCACCACGACAAGCCCCAGGGGAACCAACACCGCGGAGCAAUACCGCAAAGACACGUCACGCGCCAUCGUGAGGAGCUGCGCUCAGGAAAUCACCAAGAUCGCCAUGGACUUUUUCCGGGCCGACCUAAUCACAUUUUUAUCGGCGACCGUAGUAAGUUGCUUGAUGCCGGCCAGUAUACACCACGUCUUUGAUACCUUUUCGGAAGACAUCAAGCUUCGGGCCGAGGCCAAUCGGAGGUUGGAAGAGUGUCGAGUCAUGCUACAUUCUCUUUCGGAACAACAAUUCGCUUCUGCAUGGAUCUUACAGACCAUUGAUCACAUUAUUGGACGUAUCAAACUAAUCAGCAACGGCGGCAGCAGCACCAUCACCACCACCAAAAAACAAUCACAACAGCAACAGCAUGCCACAAGCGGUCGUCGGGCUCCUCGGUCAAGUUACGGUGAACUUUCUACACCUCUAACUAGCAUCGACGUGUAUCCGGAAAGUUUGGUCAUUGACCAAGACCAAGAUCAAGACCAAAAUCAUACCCAAAACUUUUCCGUUCUUGACACGACAGUUGUAAAUAGUCCUAAUGUCACGGGAUCACACACUGACAUGAGAACGAUCAAUACAAACUCCAGCACCAACACGAGCACCAACACCAGCAACAAACCGAUAGAUCGAUCGUCGGACGGUACGGUCUUUUCGCAUACCUACAACUCGUCGAGACAAGAAUGGACUGCCGCUACCGCUGCAUCAUUUUGGAACCCGCAACAGCCCGACGUGGGCGGCGCUAGUAUGUCACAGUUACCUUUACUGAGUGGUGACUCUCUGAUACCUUUCCAACCUGACUUGAUGACCAACGCCGAAGCUCUAGAGGAGAUGUGGAUGGAUUUUGCUAGAGUUCCGGAGAACAUGGCUGGUUUACCUGGGUUGUAGUUUGUAAUUAGUUUUUGGUGGGCGAUGAACGUGCAGACGCUCACCACGGGGCCGAAAAUCUCUUCCCUCACCAACCUACUGUCGUGGGGCGGAUUGUAGGUGAUGGUCGGUUGUGCGAAAUCUCCGGUUUUGUCUUCUCGAUCUCCUCCCAACACCACCUCGAGCUUUUCCUCUUCGCGCGAGUUUGGGGAAAUCGAGCACCCUUUCGUAUUAAACUCGAUCCGCUUGUUGUCCACGGAGGGUGCCGCUCGCCAAAG